AUGACCCAGGACAACGGCUCAGCCGAUGCCGAUAAGCUAUGCGAUAAGAAUCAAUGGACUGAUAGUUUCUUAAGUGAAAAGGACAGAGAGGCUUGCAGGUACAUUAACAGAGGUUUGAAGCAUAUAUAUAGUAUUACAGAAUGGAAAGAUGACACUCCCGAAAAGAUGAAAAAGGAUAACAGGGAGUUCAAGCAGAUCAUGUUAUGUGCUGCAUUGAACGCCUACGCUGAUCUCCUUCAAGAGAAAGCAAAGGACACAUGCCCUAUUGAUGAUCAAAAAAUAAAAGAUAUGUUUAAGAAAGGAAAUGGAAAGAAAAGUGCUUGGUGUAAAGGUAAUGAGUGUGUUGAAUGCACAAGGGACGUAACUUAUAAAACUUGCAUGGUAGGGGAUAGCAGCAAGCAAACAAAAGUAGAGGAAAAAUUGAAGACAAUACUUGAAGGUGAUCAGGAAAUACAAAAAACUCUAACUUCCAUAACUUCUAUAAAUAACUUCUGCACACUCCUGCAAUGCGUAACAAAGAAAUGGUUCACAAACAAUAAGAAAGGUCAGCCGGUAACCUGGAGUGAAAUGCAGAAGGACAUCGAGCAGAGGGCCACAGAUAUGUUUACUAAAAUAUCUAAAGAUAGCAAAUAUAUUCCACGUUAUUGUUCGAAUAAUACAGAGCAAAGUAGUAAAAUAGUCACUGACCCAGAGAAACAAGCAUGUCAAUACAUUACUGCUGGAUUAAAGCAUAUUUAUGAAAUUCAAGAGGUGGACAGUGAUAAGGAUAAGGGUAAAGGAGGCAGUGAUCAGAAGGCCAAGGACAACAGAGAGUUCAAACAAACCAUGUUAUGUGCAGUACUGAACGCAUACAUAGAUAAAUUGAAACAACAAGUUAAAUCUCCCUGUAAGGUCGAUGAGGAAACAAUAAAACAAGUAUUUGAGAAAGGGAAUGAGCAACUUACGAAGUCAUGUAAGGGUAAGACUGGUCAAGACAAUAAUUGUGUUCAAUGUGAGAGGGUUAAAGACUUAGAUUGUACAGUAGGGGGACAGAACACAAAGGACAAAUUGAAGGACAUGCUCAGUAAAGAUAAAAAUGUAGAACAAACUCUGUCUACUAUAAGUUCUCUAAAUAGGAACUUAUGUGAUAGCGCCCAGUGCGUAAUAUCACAAUGGACCAGGGACAAAAGGGAAGAGGUUCAAGCGGAAAAGGGCAAAAACGAGGUGUGGGAGAAGGAUAGUUGGAACGACAUUACACAGAGGAUCAACCCACUUGCCAAGGCCAUGGUGCAGGCAGACACAGAACUGGACAAUAAAUGUAAUGGCAUGCAGGGUGAAAAAAAUGAAGCGUGCAAGCAAAUUGUUAGAGGUUUAAAACAUAUAUAUGGCAUUAAAAAAGGAGAAACAAAAAAAGAGCCAAGCAAGACUAGUAACAGGAUAUUUAAGCAAAUUAUGUCAUGCUUUAUAUUAAAUGUGUAUUCAGAUCUUAUUAAGGAUAAAUGUACGAACACGAGUAUUAACGUACAGGAUUUAUUUAAUGUAGGAAAGGAUCUUUACACAGAUGAGUGUAAGGAGAAACCAUGUGACCCAUGUAAAUGGGACACAUGUGAUGAUAUGAAUUUCAAUAAAAAGAAUUUACGAAAUGAAAUAAAAACAGAGCUUCAGAAGGAUGAAGAAAUACAGAGUGCUCUGGAAGCUAUAAAAAAAAUAUGUCAACAGAAUGCGAAACCACCUGAAUCAGCCCAAACUAAUGCUGACCAAAGUGGAGGAUCAUCCUCCAGUGGUGGAAGUAAACCUCCCGCACCAGGAGGAGCACCAGCUGCGGAAAAAACUAAGGACAGCGGGGAACUAGCAAAGAAAGACGAAGUAGUUAGCAAUAUUGUACCAUCAGGUAAGGAAGAUAUGGAUCUACCUCCCUUGGAGGAUGAAGAUGUUCACCACACAAAAAGUAGUUUGGAUGAAGACGAAGAGAAGUGGAUGAGGAGCAAUCCUAAAGGAUCACAUGUUUCGGUCGUUGAAUCAUCUACCCAAUUAAUUCCUGAACCCAAUGUUCCUGUAGGUACAAAGAAUGAAAAUAAAGUUGGGAGCUCAAUGCGUGAUCCUCCCACACAUGCAGACAUCCAACCUCCAAGCACAGGAACAGACACUCAAACUCCAUCAGGAUCCGCACCCCAAAGUCCAGCUGCGCCCGCUACUAAUCAUGUAGCCGAUAAUGAAAAGAAGAAAAGUAUGAAUACUCAGGAUGAUGAUACAGCGAAAUCUGGUGCUGGUCCAAGAGGUCCAGCGAGUACCGAAGGUGGGGAAGUUAUAGGAGGCCAGGGAGGUCAGGCUUCUGCAGGUUCGGGUACUUCACAAGAUGUUGGUACCGCAGGUAAUAGUCAAGAUGGUACGGCUGAUGGUGCAGAAGCAGAGCCUCAUGGUGAAGCUCCAGGUGCUGCAGCUGCUCCUGGUCUAGCUGGUCCCGCUCGUCUAGCACCACGGCCAUCUAUAGUGAUACCAUCAAUACAUGGUCCAAGAGGGACUGGAGGACACGGUUCAAAAGUUCCUAUACUGAAGCCCACAGAAGCCAGGGGUCCCCCUUCCGCUGUCCCAAUUAGUAGCAAGAUUGACAACCUUCCUGAUCUCCUUACCCCAUACCUUCCUACCAUUCCUGUCUUCCUUGGUAUGUCUGCUAUGAGUUAUCUCCUUUGGAAGUACUUUGUCUUGCCCCGUAAAAGAAGACGUCACAGAAGAGUUCAUCAAGUACGUGCUCCUCCAACUGUACAAGAACAGCUCUUUCCUCAUGUGGACGACCAGGCAGAUGGUCCACAUAAAUAUACCUUAGUAAAGGAACGCAGACAACCAAGAUCUGUUCCAACAAGAACGAUGAAGCCAAAAAAACAGGGCGUCGGUCGUCGUGUUGGCCACAGGACCAUUAUUGAUAUUCAUUUAGAACUCUUAGACGAAUGUCAAAAAGGGGAUCUGCAUUCGACGAAGGAAGACUUUUUUGAAAUUUUGGUUCAAGAAUUUAUGGGAAGCAAUUUUAUAGAGGAACAAAAUGUCCCAAGUCCUGAUUUCGGGUUCCAAGCUCAGAUUCCGGAUUUUGGGAGGGAAAACUCUGUUCCUGAGGAACAAAUUUUUAGGCAUAAUAUCUCUAAUGAACAGGUUCCAUGUUCAGAUUCCGGGUUUAUGAAGGAAAACUUUGUUCCAAAGGAAGGUGUUCCUAGGGAACGGGUUCCAAGUUCAGAUUCCGUGUUCAGGGAAGAAGACGUUUUUCCUAAGGAAAAUGUUCCUGGUGUUGAUGUUCCUAUGGAACAGGUUCAAAAUUCAGAUUCCGGGUUUCUGGAGGAAGACUUUGUUCCUAAAGAAGAAGUUCCUAAGAAAGGAGUCCCUAAGGAAGGUGUUCCUGAGGAAGAUAUUCCUAAGGAACAGGUUCCGAGUUUAGAUACCGGGUUUAGGGAGGAAAACUUUGUUCCUGAGGAAAUUGUGUUCCUAAGGAAGAAUUUCCUAGGGAUCAGGUUCGAAGUUCAGGGUUCCGGGUUUAGGGAGGAAGGCUCUGUUCCUAUGAAACAAGUUUCUAUGGAAGAUGUUCCCUGA